GUGUGAUGAGCUGCAGAGGGUUUAAUGCUUUGGCUGAACAACGCACAAAGGUACCUUCAAUCAACAAAGAUGGAGAACGGCACAGAAGGGAAGAACUUCUACAUCCCUAUGAACAAUAGGACCGGGCUUGUGAGGAGUCCUUUCGAAUAUCCUCAGUACUACCUCGGGGAUCCCAUCCUUUUCAAGCUGCUGGCGGCCUACAUGUUCUUCCUCAUCUGCACUGGCUUCCCCAUCAACUUCCUGACACUUUUUGUUACAGCUCAGAACAAGAAGCUCCGGCAACCUCUGAACUUCAUCCUGGUCAACCUGGCUGUGGCUGGACUGGUCAUGGUCUGCUUUGGCUUCACCAUCACCUUCGUUACUGCUAUCAAUGGCUACUUCAUUUUCGGACCAAUGGGCUGUGCAGUUGAGGGAUUCAUGGCUACACUGGGAGGUCAAGUUGCUCUCUGGUCCCUGGUCGUCCUGGCUGUUGAGAGAUACAUUGUCGUCUGCAAACCCAUGGGAAGCUUCAAGUUCACUGGCACCCAUGCAGGAGUUGGAGUUCUUUUCACCUGGGUCAUGGCUUUGGCUUGUGCUGCCCCUCCAUUGGCUGGCUGGUCCAGGUACAUCCCUGAGGGUCUGCAGUGCUCAUGUGGACCUGACUACUACACUCUGGCCCCAGGCUACAACAAUGAGUCAUACGUCAUGUAUAUGUUCGUCUGCCACUUCUGCUUCCCCGUCUUCACCAUCUUCUUCACUUAUGGAAGCCUUGUGCUGACAGUCAAAGCUGCUGCAGCCCAGCAGCAGGACUCAGCAUCCACCCAGAAAGCUGAGAAGGAAGUGACACGCAUGUGCUUCUUGAUGGUGAUGGGCUUCCUCGUUGCUUGGACCCCAUAUGCUAGCUUUGCUGCCUGGAUCUUCUUCAACAAGGGAGCUGCUUUCUCAGCCACAGCCAUGGCCAUUCCUGCUUUCUUCUCCAAGAGCUCUGCACUGUUCAACCCAAUUAUCUAUGUGUUGAUGAACAAACAGUUCCGUAACUGCAUGCUCAGCACAGUUGGAAUGGGAGGAAUGGUUGAGGAUGAGACCUCAGUAUCAACAAGCAAGACAGAAGUGUCCUCUGUGUCUUAAGGACAAUAUUUUCACUCCUCUGGAUAUUUUCCUUCCCGGUGAUGAAUAUGAGCAAAUGGAUACAAGAUAAUGAUUGCUUCUCCAACAAAUGGACAUCAAUCUCAUGCCUAUGACAACACUUUACUCUUCCCCAUUUUUUAUGGUGAUAAAAAGGGAUGUCAACACGUCGUCAAAGAGCAACAAUCUGAAUUGGACUCUGAAAUCAUACCAAUAACUUCUAAAACUUCAGUUUCAUCAAGUAAAUAUGCUUGUAUUUUCUUGUAACAAAUGCUGAUAAGAAAUGCUCUGACAUGUUGGUGGGUGAGUGGGUGAGAUUCACCUUUUAUUUAUGACAUUGGAGGUUAGCAUUUGUUAGCCUCUUUCUGUAUAUAUUUUAUAAAUUAAGAUGUGUAGAAAUAUUAAUAAAUGCAUGCAUGAAAAUA